AUGGACAUGGGAGGCCUUUCGUCGGGCGAAGAUGGCUCUGAUAGCGAGGAGAAGGCAGGAGAGGCCGUUGCUUCAGUGGAAAAUUCCGACACGGGUUGCGAGCAUUUUGAUGCAACAAACGCCAGCGAGCAGGACGAUAGCGAGGAGGCAAGCUUAGAAGACUCGGAUGAGUGGCAACCAGCGCCGAAGCGCUCAAAGCAGCUGGGCGAUACACACACGCUCGACACGGAUGACACUGAGGAUGAGUUUGAGGACGCCGUCUAUACGGGCGGCGAGAACGCCGUGGCCAGUCUCCGUGCAGCAGAUGCCGUUGAUUUGACUGGCCCUACACCACCAGUGGCGCGACCUUCCGGCACUAUCUCCUUUACGUUGGAUGCAGCCGACGAUGAGAACACCGUCACCUCUCAGUCUGCCGAGGACCGGGCCUUUGAACUUUCGCUUGGACGCAUGCAGGCGGAGCUGCAGCAACACAUGCACCAAACCCACACCCUUUGCCUAUUGUGGCGGUCGGCCCGGCAGCAUCACGCAAUCACAAGUGCAACGCUGCAAGCAAGUCUUCUAUCACUCCUCCCGCGUACUCUGGCCGUGAAUGACAGCCUAGAUGUCAAGUCAGCCUGCGAUCUAUCAAAGUGGCUACGGCGCUAUACGGUUAUUAUUCCUCCUCACGAGUCAGCGCGCAUCAGCCAAUCGACAGCUGCAAGCCCGAUCUUAAUAUCCAGUGACGACGAGCCUCAAGCUGAAACGGAUCAAUAUUCGCAUCAUUCGGCCUCCCUUCAUGCCUGGCAUCAUGGUCCAAUCCGUCUUGGCGGCCGGCUGUUGACCUCGUUUGAAACAGCCAGGCAAACUCCUGAACAGGCAUCUCUGACUUUUACGGCACUUCUUCGUGCGCUAGGAUAUCGAGCUCGCUGGAUAUGCGCUUUGCACCCAUUACCCCUCAGUGUGCCCCGAGAAAACUCCAUCCUCAGUGCCCGGCGAACCCGGCGGGCUUCCGAGCCUGGCGGGCGCAACGGUGUGAAAGAGGCGCCACGCUUGUUGCCAGACCAAAGAACUGAUAGUCAUCCCUCUCCAAGUCCUCGCGACCGUCGAGCUGACUCCAGAGAAGGCUCACUGCGGGUUGAUUCCUGGACAGAGUUUUAUAAUGACAAUGCGAGCCAGUGGGUUCCAUUGUGCUCUAUCACAGCCCCAAUCCUGGGUUAUUGCAAGGGCGAGGCGAUAUAUGCGCGAUCCGACAUUGUUGCACUGCUAUCUCGCUGGCAGCUGCAGAAGAUGGGUUUUGUCGUUCGCGAGAGCGAGAAGCCACUUCGAGUUGUUCCCGCGCGUCAUCGAGGGGCUGCUGGAGAUGCCUCUCGAAUGGAUGCUGAGGAUGGUCAGCCUGUUGAGCUCUUUGCUGAUUAUCAAUUGCAGCGAUUUGUUGCACCCCUAGUCGUAGAUGGAACGAUUCCCACUAACAAAUUUGGCACAGUGGACAUGUUUCAACCUCACAUGUGCCCGAAAGGUGCAACGCACAUUCGAGGGGACACUAAUGGCCUCGGCAAGGUGGCAACACAAUUGGGCAUUCACAGCGCGCCGGCGGUCAUUGAUUUCCGAUACACCAAAGGCCGUAUGCUUCCCGUGAAAGUACGCUGUAUCAUUUCUUUGGACCCAUU